ACCAGGCUCUCUGUGUCGUCCAACAUGGCCUCCUACAGCUCCUCCGCCCAAACCGCCUCCUCCUACCGCCGCCAUUUCGGCCACAGCGGCUACGCCUCGCCUUCCCUCAACCGCUCCCUGCUGGGCCACAGCGCCGGCGGCGGGGGCCACGUCUCCUCCAGGGUCUAUGAGGUGACCCGGACCAGCUCCACACCAGCAUACCGGGUCUCCUCCAGCUACUAUGGGAAGCCCCUAAUGACCUCCCGCGCCUCUGUCGGGCGCUCCUACGCUGGGAUGGGCGAGACGCUGGACUUCAGCCUGGCCGACGCCCUGAACCAGGAGUUCCUGACCACGCGGACCAACGAGAAGGCUGAGCUGCAGCACCUGAACGACCGCUUUGCCAGCUACAUCGAGAAGGUGCGCUUCCUGGAGCAGCAGAACCACGCGCUGACGGUGGAGGUGGAGCGGCUGCGAGGGCGUGAGCCGACGCGCAUCGCCGACCUGUACGAGGAGGAGAUGAGCGAGCUGAGGAGGCAGGUGGAGAUCCUGACCAAUCAGAGGUCACGCAUAGAAGUGGAGAGGGACAACCUGGCUGACGACCUGGACAAGCUCAAACUCAGGUGGGAGGGGCAACACGACGUGUGUGUGUCUCUUUAA